UUAUCCUGGAGAGGAAAUGGCUGCUUACCUGCUGCUGCUUGUGCAUAUGCUGGCUUCUGCAGAAGGUGUGACGUUUCGCUUUGCAUCCUAUUAUGGUGACCACAUGGUAUUACAGAAGAAACCAGUCGGCGCAGUGGUAUGGGGCUACGGGGAAGCUGGCGCCAAUGUUACCAUGUCUCUUUCCAAAGACAGCAAAGUAAUAAUGAAGAAAAUGGCACAAGUUGAAGAGCACUCUGAGACCUGGAAAGUUGUACUGGCUCCUAUGGAGCAUGGCGGCCCUUAUAGUGUGGUAGCAGAGCAGCACUCCAGGGAAGAGCCAAAGAAUCUGACGCUGCAGGAUAUCUACUUUGGAGACGUCUGGCUUUGCAGUGGGCAAAGUAACAUGGAGAUGACAGUUUCCCAGAUAAUCAAUGCCAGUAAGGAGCUCUCCGAGGCAUCUCUCUAUCCAUAUGUCCGUGUGUUCACGGCCUCUCUUAUUCAGUCUGAAGUGGAAUUGCAGGACCUGGCUAAGAUUGACUUGGAGUGGUCUAUACCGACAGCUGAAAACUUGGGUCACGAGAACUUCAGCUACUUCUCAGCUGUGUGUUGGCUGUUUGGCCGUCACUUAUAUGAGACGCUUCGGUAUCCCAUAGGAUUAGUGGAGUCCUCCUGGGGAGGGACCUGCAUUGAAGCCUGGUCCUCAGGAAGGGUGCUGCAGGAGUGCGGGCUCACAGGCGAUGCCGGACGGUUUCUUCUUCCCACGCUGCUUUCUGGCCCUAAGAUGCCCUCCGUGCUCUGGAAUGCGAUGAUCCACCCGCUCCUCAACAUGUCCCUCACGGGCGUUAUCUGGUACCAGGGUGAAUCCAACGCCUUCAUGAACCCAGAUCUGUACAACUGCACGUUCCCAGCUCUCAUCGCGGACUGGCGCAGGGCCUUCCAUGCCGGGUCUGACGGGCAAACGCAGCCGCUUUUCCCCUUUGGGUUUGUCCAGUUAUCCACGUUCCGCCGGCAGGACCGUGAUGACCGUUUCCCCCGCAUUCGGUGGCACCAGACAGCUGAUUACGGCUACGCACCCAACAAGAGAAUGCCCAACACCUUCAUGGCCGUGGCGGUGGAUCUGUGCGACGAGCACUCACCCUAUGGCAGCAUUCACCCCAGGGAUAAACAGAACGUGGCGUAUCGGCUGCACCUGGGAGCCCGAGCUGUGGCAUAUGGAGAGAGAGGCCUGGUCUUCCAAGGCCCAUAUCCUACAAAAGUCGUGGCGGAUGGAGCCAGGGGCCUCAUUAACGUCACGUACGGCCAGGAACUCCUGCUGCUUCUAAUGCACGACCACAUCUUUGAGGUGUGCUGCUCUCACCGGCCCCAGCUCUCGGCGCAGGAGCCGUGCCAGUGGGUUCCAGCACCCAUGGUGUCUGCAUCUUCCCACACAGUGACGCUGUCCAGCUCUGGCUGCAGGGACGCCGUCACCCGCCUGCGCUAUGCGUGGGCGGAGUGGCCAUGUGAGUACAGACAGUGCCCUCUUUACAACAAGCACCUGCUGCCAGCACCUCCAUUUGUUAUCGACUCUGCAUUAAAAACAGGCUGGGCCAACUGCGAGGAGGCAGGGCCGGCUCCAGGCACCAGCUGAGCAAGCAGGUGCUUGGGGCGGCCAAUGGGAAGGGACGGCACAUUGGGCUCUUCACUGGCGGGUCCCUUGGUCCCUCUUGGAGGGAAGGGCCAGCCACCAAA